AUGGCGCCCUCCGCAGCCCUCAGGGGUCAGGGUCCUGUCGAGAAGAUGGCGCCCCCAGCCCUCUGGGAUGUUGACAAUGCCUCCCUGGCACGUCUUGAUCUUGAGCGCAAAGUUGAGUCCCUGCAAGAAGAGAUUGUGUUCUUGAAGAAGCUUCAUGAUGAGGAAAUCAGAGAACUGCAAGCCCAACUCCAGGAACAGCACAUCCAAAUUGAUAUGGAUGUUUCUAAGCCUGAUCUUACUGCUGCCCUGCGUGACGUUCGCCAACAGUAUGAAAGCGUUGCUGCUAAGAAUCUUCAGGAAGCUGAAGAAUGGUACAAGUCCAAAUUUGCAGAUCUCUCUGAAGCUGCUAAUAGGAACAACGAUGCCCUGCGCCAGGCCAAACAAGAAGCUAAUGAAUACCGCAGACAGAUUCAAUCUCUUACCUGCGAAGUUGAUGCUCUUAAAGGAAGCAAUGAAUCCCUGGAGCGCCAAAUGCGUGAAAUGGAGGAGAAUUUUGCUGUUGAAGCUGCUAACUACCAAGACACUAUUGGCCGUCUACAGGAUGAGAUUCAAAACAUGAAGGAAGAAAUGGCUCGCCAUCUUCGCGAGUACCAGGACCUGCUGAAUGUAAAGAUGGCUCUUGACAUUGAGAUUGCCACCUACAGAAAACUGCUGGAGGGAGAAGAGAGCAGGAUUAACAUGCCUAUUCCAACCUUUGCUUCUCUGAAUCUGAGAGAAACCAACAUCGAGUCUCAGCCAAUGGUUGACACUCACUCAAAGAGGACACUUCUAAUUAAGACCGUCGAAACUAGAGAUGGACAGGUUAUUAAUGAAACUUCCCAGCAUCAUGAUGACUUGGAGUAAAACUGAAGUGAUGAUGAAUAAUUAAUGCAGGAGAACCUCUUACCAGCAAGAUUUAAAAAGUCCAUUUCUUAAAGGAAGAAACAGCUUUCAAGUGCCUUUCUGCAGUUUUUCCGUGAGCGCAAGAUUAUUAUGCUAGAAAAUAGGUCUUAGAUCUUGCAAACUGACUCUCCCUGAAGGAUUAGAGUUUACAAUGGAGUCUAGUUUACAAAUAGCAAUAUCUUGUGCUGCAAUACUGUUUUUAAGUAUCUGAAUCCAAUAAAACUGCUUUUUCCAGCACAGUAUGAGCAACCUGUCGCUACUUCAAAUAAAUCUUUGGAAAAUGGCUCUUGAUGUGUUCUAAUUUGUUACUUGAUGACUUUCUGCAAAGCUGUGGCAACUUUAAGCUGGAAGUACUAUAUGGUUGACAGCUCCAGUACAGGUUGCAUGGGGGCUUCUUGGCUUUUUUCACUUUAACUAGAUAAACUAGAUGUUUCUUACCCAUUUACUACUUAGAUUUUUGGAUCCAAUUAAAGUGGACUAUAACUGGUAGAUGCAUAAUGUCUUUUUCAGUUGAAUAAAAUGAUGUUUCAAG